UUUCUUUUUUUUUUUUUUUUUCUGCAACAUGUAAUUGUUAUCUUGUGUUCAUGUGAUUGGGUUUUCUGGGUUUUCAUGAUCCAUUUUUGUUUGCUUGUGGUUUUUAGGGAUUUUGACCAAGUCAACACUAUAUUAUUCUUUUUUUCUGGAAGUGGGUUUUGAGUCAAUUAUUAUUGUUCUGUAACCCUAAAUUGACUGAUUGAUGUUUUCUGGUUAACUUUGGAAUUUGGGUUGGGUUGGGUUAUGUUAGAUCAGAUCUGCUGCGUUUUGUUUUUUGUUUUUUUUUUAAUUGAUUAAAUUGUAAAUUGGUUUAUGAUUUCUGGAUAUCAAUUUUUAGUUGUUUGUGGUUUUUAGGGGUUCAUUGAUCAACAUCUGGAAUUGAAUUGCAUAUGGUCAAGGAACACUGACCUUUGUUUUUUGGGGAUAGUUUACUCUGAGUAUUAGGGGAUUAUUGAUUUGUGAAGUAUCUACAUGAUGGGGACUGAACUCAUCAGACAUCAUGUCAAAGAAGAGAGCAUAGAUAUUCCCUUAAUUCCACCUGGGUUCGAGUCAAUCGCCGCUUUUUCUCUGAAAAGGGCCGAUGAUAACAAAGUUGGGUCUAGUUGCUCUGUGUCCAGUAGUACUUCUGAACCGCAACCAGUCAAGAAGGAACCAAGGGUCGAGCCCAGUGAGGACGAAAAGACUAAGAGGUCUGUUGAGUCUAGCUGUUCUGUUUCCGCUAAUGCUUCUGAACCGCAACCGGUCAAGAAGGAAUCACGGGUCGAACCGAACGACGAUGAAAAGACUAAGAGGUCUGUUAGGCCCAGACCAGGAAUAAAUUAUGGCAGAUUUGAUGGCAGUUCAGGAGAUGAGUCUGAAUCCGAGCAGAAUCAGACUUUAAGCGGUGGAAUCGCUAAGGGGGUUAUUCGUGGAUGUGAAGAGUGUAGCAACUGCCAAAAGGUUAUUGCACGAUGGCGUCCAGAAAAAGCUCGAAGGCCCGAUCUUCUUGAGGCUCCUGUAUUUUACCCUACUGAAGAGGAGUUUGAAGACACCCUAAAGUACAUUUCAAGCAUACGCGAUAAAGCCGAAGCGUAUGGCGUUUGUCGUAUCGUACCACCUUCAUCAUGGAAACCGCCAUGUCCUCUUAAGGAAAAGGACGUAUGGGAAAAUUCGACGUUUGCUACGCGUGUCCAAAGGGUUGACAAACUUCAAAAUCGCGAUUCAUUAAACCAAAUGUUGAGACCUAGUUGCCAUAAGAAAAGGAAAAGGAGAAAAAGCAUGAAAGUAGGGUUAGAUCAAAAGACCCACGGGUCAGACACUGGAGCUCCAGUUGAUCUGAUGGUUCCUGAACCUUGUUUUGGUUUUGAACCUGGCCCACGCUUCACUCUUAAAGAGUUUCACAAGUACGCCGAUGAUUUCAAGAACCAGUAUUUUAACAGCAAUGAAACAGCUACAGAUGCACGUGAUGACUCAGUUAUGAAAGAUUUGUGGGACCCUUUGUUAGAAAAUAUAGAGGGCGAAUAUUGGCGUAUGGUCGAGUCUCCGACUGAAGAAAUCGAGGUGCUCUAUGGUGCUGACUUGGAAACUGGUACAUUUGGCAGCGGGUUUCCAAAAGAGGCGUGCCAGGUGUCAGCGUCAGAUGAGAAGUACAUUAGAUCCGGUUGGAAUUUGAAUAACUUCCCGAGGCUUCCGGGGUCGUUACUCUCUUACGAGAGCGGUGAUAUAUCGGGUGUUCUUGUGCCAUGGUUGUAUGUCGGAAUGUGCUUUUCAUCUUUCUGUUGGCAUGUUGAAGAUCAUCACUUAUAUUCCAUGAAUUACAUGCAUUUCGGUGCUCCGAAGAUGUGGUAUGCUGUACCCGGGAAAGAUGCCAUCAAAUUGGAAGCAGCAAUGAGAAAACAUUUACCGAAUCUUUUCGCUGAACAACCCGACUUGCUUCACAAACUGGUCACCCAACUUUCACCAUCGAUACUGAAAUCAGAAGGGGUUCCUGUUUAUCGGUGCGUUCAGAAUCCCGGAGAGUUCAUUCUGACGUUUCCUCGAGCAUAUCAUUCGGGAUUCAACUGCGGGUUCAACUGCGCAGAGGCUGUGAAUGUGGCACCCGUUGAUUGGUUACCUCAUGGUCAUAAUGCCAUUGAGUUGUAUCGUGAGCAGGCCCGAAAAACUUCAAUUUCUCAUGAUAAAUUGUUGCUUGGAGCUGCAAGAGAUGCUGUAAAAGCUCUUUGGGAAAUGAAUUUGCUUAGAAAAAACACACCCGAUAACUUACGAUGGAAGGACGUUUGUGGGAAAGAUGGGAUCCUAUCCCAAACACUCAAGGCUCGUGUGGAAAUUGAGCGGGUGAGGAGGGAUUUCUUGUGCAACACGUCGCAUGCGUUGAAAAUGGAGGCAAAUUUCGAUGCGACAAGAGAGAGAGAAUGCAGUGUUUGCUAUUUCGACUUGCAUCUAUCGGCUGCGGGUUGUCACCAUUGUUCACCGGAUAAAUACUCAUGCUUAAAUCAUGCGAAACAGUUUUGUUCUUGUGCUAUGGGUGCAAAGUUUUUCCUUCUUCGUUACGACAUCAAAGAUUUAGCGAUUUUGGUUGAAGCUUUGGAGGGCAAAUUGAGUGCUAUUUACCGAUGGGCGAAACUUGAUCUCGGACUUUCUCUAUCUUCGUAUGUAUCUAAAGAUAACAAAGAACAGUGUUCGGUUUCUGAAUCAACAACCAAAGUGCAAAAAGGACAAGAAACGGGUCAAGACCUCGCAAAGUCAAAAAAUUCAACAUUGACACAUGAAUCUUCACACAAAGAUGUCGUGCUGCUUAGUGAUGACGAGGCUGAUGACUCAUCAAAACCACUUAAUCAAGCCACCAGAAGUGAUGAUCAAGUAAAAGAAGUUUCAUCGAAAAAUGCGGGCCCUAACAAGUCGCAGGAUUUAUCGAUUACAAAAGGUUCUAGUAACUUAAGUGGGGAAACUGCAGAAGGGGUGUUGCAGCAAAUACCCGAAAACAAGGAUAAAACUAUAAUUAUUGGUUUAUAUGCAAAUUCAAAAUCAGGAAACAACGCACAAACCAACCCGGAUAGAGUCCAAAGACAAAAAGGUCCUCGAAUUGCAAAAGUGGUCAGACGGAUAAACUGCAACGUUGAGCCGUUAGAGUUUGGUGUGGUUCAGUCGGGAAAGUUAUGGUGCGACAGUCGUGCCAUUUACCCUAAAGGUUUUAGGAGUCGGGUUAAGUAUAUAAACGUUUUAGAUCCCACGGAUACGUGCUACUACAUAUCAGAAAUUAUCGAUGCGGGAAAGAAUAGGCCUCUUUUCAUGGUUUCAUUGGAGAAGGAUCCAACUGAAGUAUUCAUUCAUUUAUCGGCAAUAAGAUGUUGGGAAAUGGUUAGAGAGAGAGUUAAUCACGAGAUUUCAAAGCAACAUAAGUUGAAGAAACCGAAUCUUCCUCCUUUGCAGCCACCCGGAAGUCUUGACGGCAUGGAAAUGUUCGGGUUUACAUCACCUUCAAUCUCGCAGGGUAUUCAGUCGGUGGAUAGGAAUCGGGUAUGCACCGAGUACUGGGAAUCACACCCUAUACACUCUCAAUCCCACUUAUUAAAGAUUCAGGAACUAAACAUUCCCGAUGCCACCAAAAACAACGGUUUGACUACAGUCAGUGAUCCUAUUAUCUCGGGCCUGUUAAAAAAGGCGAAUUUGGAGGAGUUAACCACGAUAUUGAGUGUUUUGAGCGAUCAACAAGCGCUAACAAAACUUCUAAACGAAGAGAUUCUUAAACGACCCAGAUGACAUUCCAUAAAGAUUUCUUGUUGAACACUCGGUAAAUCCUUUGAUCUUUGAUCAUAAAGAGAUUCUAUAGUUUUGAGUUUUUUGUUCCACAUAACAUGCUUGUUCUUCGCUGUAGAUGUUUUUGACAGAGGAUUUAAGUAGAGAGAACCGGAAAAUUGUCCGGAAAUUCUUGUUAUUGUUUUUUUUUCUUCCUGGAAUUGACAUUCAUUUUAAUAGGUGAUAAACAAACCAAGAUUCAUUA